AUGUCGGCGCUCCCCGUCGAAGCCACGGCAGCACCGCUCCCACCGCUGCCCAGCCAGGAUCCGCUGUCCGCCGCGCAAUGGGGCAUCUUUGCCGCAAUAGCCGAUGCUGUCACGCCGUCCUUCUCCCCUUCGAAGGGCAACAGGUUGCUGCAGCAUCCUCUGCGGCGAGAGGUCUUUGAUGGCGCAGCCAAGCGUAUCCAGACUCUGGCCAGGUUGGACCCUAGCAAUGCAGACCUGGCCACGGCAUAUCUCGGCGAGAGCGCCACGACACAGCCAGAGUUCAGGGAGCACUUCACUAGGCUGCUCUCCUUUUCCAUGAGCGACACCUCCAGGAACGGCCUUUUAUUCAUCUUGAAUGCUCUCAAUACACGAGCUGGGGCCCUGCUACUCACUGGCCACGCUACAGCUUUUGAUUGCCUACCGAUUCAGGACCGAGAGCAAGUUCUCCUCGGAUGGGCGCACGCGCGACUACCGUUUCUCAGGCAACUCCACAGGUCGCUCGUAACAUUAGUACGCGUAUUGUGGAUUCGAAGCUCGCCAACCAUCGGAGAGUUGCUAGCAUAUCCGAAGAUACCGAUCAAUGCCGGGCUGGCUGGAGCUGGCUUCCCAUUCCGCUUCGUUCAGAUUCCACCUGCAGCGACACCAACUGCUGAGCCAGAGGUCAUUGAGACAGAUGUCGUGAUAGUAGGCAGCGGCUGCGGCGGUGCCGUCGUGGCGAAGACUCUGGCUGAAGCCGGACUGAAAGUGCUCGUAGUGGAAAAGGGUCACUACUGGUCUCCAGAGUACUUUCCCAUGAGCGACAACGAAGCUCAGCAUCUAUACGGCAAUGGAGGUGCCAUGAUUUCAGACGACGCCAGUAUCACAGUUGUAGCAGGCUCAACCUGGGGUGGUGGCGGCACGAUCAACUGGUCUGCAAGCUUGCAGCCACAGGGCAUCGUAAGGAGGGAGUGGGCGUACAAGUUCGGCUUGACCCAAUUCAAUGGCUCCGACUUCCAAGCUGACCUUGAUUAUGUUUGUGAUCGCAUGGGAGUCAGCACAGCUCCAGUGAAGCACAACAAGGCUAACGUUGCACUUCUCGAGGGCGCAAGAAAGCUGGGAUGGAGUGCCAAGCCAGUUGCGCAGAACACCGGAGGCGAAGAGCACAGCGACGGCUUCUGCACGCGAGGAUGUCGAGACUGCGGAAAGAAGGGACCUACCGUGACUUGGUUACCCGAUGCCGCUAAAGCCGGUGCGAGCUUUAUGGAAGGCUUUGAUGUCAAGGAGGUUCUGUUUGAUGACACGGAGUCUGGAGGAGAUCGUCAGGCCACUGGUGUGAGAGGUAUCUGGACGUCUCGUGACAUGUCCGGCGGUAUUGCUGGUCUCGAACGCACGACUCGCGAGGUCAUCGUCAAAGCCCGCAAAACCAUUAUUUCUGGGGGCUCGAUGUAUACCCCAUUGCUGCUGCAACGGUCCGGCCUCAAGAACAAGCACAUUGGGCGACAUCUCCAUCUUCACCCAGUCUCCAUGCUCGCUGCAGUAUGGGAUGAAGACGUCAGACCAUGGGAAGGUCCAAUCCUGACAUCUGUCGUGAACGAGUUCGAGAACCUUGAUGGUGACGGUUACGGCGCCAAGCUCGAAUGCACGACGAUGAUCCCAGGUUCCUUUUUGUGCAUGCUCCCAUGGACAGGUUCUCUGGCCUGGAAGGAGCUUGCUAUAAAGAUGCGCAGGAUGACUGGUUAUAUUUCCCUGGCUCGCGACCGCUACGGCGGACGAGUCUACUCCGACGCUCAGGGUCGCUGUAUGGUUCAGUACUCACCCAACGCCUACGACAAGAACCACAUCCUUGAAGGAAUCGCCCGCAUGGCGGAGAUCGUAUACGUCGAAGGCGCGAGAGAGAUUCAUGCUGCCAUCCCAGGAAUCGAGCCAUUUGUGCGUCCUGACUCCGACACUGCCAACAGAGUCUCUGUGCACGCGAAUCAGGCACCGUCACGUACGGAUGCUGAGUUCAAAGACUGGUUGGACAGACUCCGCAAGAAUGGCUUCCCUGCGCCUGGUUCUGGUUUCUUCUCAGCUCACCAGAUGGGAUCGUGUCGAAUGGGUACGAGCCCAAAGAACAGUGCUGUUGACCACCGUGGAACGGUCUGGGGUACCAAAGGGCUGUACGUUGCUGAUACGAGCGUCUUCCCUAGCGCCAGCGGCGUGAACCCAAUGAUCACCUGCAUGGGUAUCGCGAGAGGCAUCGCCAGAGGCAUUGUGGACGAGGAGAAAGGGUCUACCGGCAGCACCGGCAAGCUGAGUCCGAAGCUGUGA